AUGUCUUGCAAUCCGAUACAAAUAAUUUCCCCUUUCCUGCAAUUUGAAACCUCGUGGUGUAGUGCGAUUGGUAUCAUGAAACGUCCUAUCUCUGAAAGACUUCAGCUUGUUAGCCUCCCGGAGUGUGGGGGUUUCCUGCCCACGCCUGCAGAAGGAUUAGACCCCAACCUUAGAAUUGGGGAUCGUCAAAAAUACAUCGCAAGCUUGAACAAGGAAAGCUCUUUUUGGCCAGCCGGAUGUGUGGAGGCCUCUUGUCCUCACCCUUUGUUGAUUACGGAUAAUCACCAGGAAACAUUCGAGAAGUUAGCCGAGGCCCUCGAUCUGGCAAUCCAAGAUAUUGUUGAAAGAUGGUGGACCGAUGAGGAGGCUGGUUUUCCUCUUCGUAUGCCCUUGGAGCCCCGGGAGGAAAGUUUGUUGCGUUGGAUCGACGGCAAUCAAGAUAUUUGUCGCCCUUAUAGUGAGCGAAAAGGCUCCUGGAGACCGGACUUUGUAAUUGAAAAUGACGAAACCGGGGCUGAAAAUUUCAGAAUCUGCGAGAUCAAUGCCAGAUUCUGUUGGAAUGGCUUUAUGCUCAUCAGGGGUGGACAAAAGGGUCUUUCUACAUUUGACGUUGAAUCGCGAGGAUUGAUCAGGGCGACUGAUCCUGAUACAGUAAGUUCCACAUGGAAAAAAAAUAAUUACUUUGACAAGUUUUUGACGAUUCCUCAAUUGAAGAUUGCUAGCGGUUUACUGGGUCUUUUCGAUCCUGGGCAGCCAUUACACCUUGUCAAAGGGAAGGAACAUGGAUAUGACAUUUUUAUGUUCAUGGAGCUUGCAAAGAAACUUGGGCUCAAUCUGCGCCUUAUCAACCCUGAUGAUCUACGGAUCCUUCCUGAUGAAGCGGGGGUCAAUGGUUCAAAGCUUUGCUGUCUUGCAUCAACUGAUGCGAUUGGAUCAUUUGUGACCGAGGCUGGUGAGGUUGUUGAAGACGUCCAUCAGAUUUGUUUGGAGCUUCACCAGCAUGAAUUCCGGUCCCUGGGAUCUGAAUUGCAGAAGCAAAUCAGUAUUCGAUGCUUCAAUGACUUGCGAACUAUGCUACUCGUCCAUGACAAGAGGAUGCUCGGGAUCAUUCGCGAAGAACUUGGCUCUCUGAAAUCCCGAAGAGUCAUCUCCAUCGAUCAGGCCAAUCGUCUCGCGAAUGGAAUUGCACACACUGUUUUGCCGGGCUCAUCAACACUCUUUGCCCUGGAGCAACAAUCUCACUUUUCCGAAACUUUGAAAAACGACUACCUCUUGAAGCCCACUCGAGGGGGCAAAGGUGCAGGGAUUCUGUUCGGUGAUGAGAUCAGCAACUCCGAUUGGCUGGCUAUACUUCAGACCAUGAAAUCUCCACAGAUACAUGAGAAACAAACCUCUUACGUCCUGCAGCGGAAAGUCUGUCAGCCCUUUUAUGAUAUUUUCUUGGGGUCUGAUGCUUCUCCAUCCCGUUGCCAUAUGGUUGGAACCUUUCACAUGGUCCACGGGAAAUUUUUGGGAUUGGGAAUCUGGAGAUGUAGCACGGGAAGACUGUGUGCUAUAUCCACUGGGGGAGCCUCUUGGAUGGUUUCGGUGAUGCAAAGACCAGUAUCUGGCGGGAUUUUAUAA